GCAUAGAGGUUAACCGACGUUAUCUGAUGAUUACGAAUUAGUGAAUUAUUUCGAGAAAACAUUGUUAAAAUAAUUUAUCGUAAAUUGAAAAAUACUAUUAACAGAUAAUAAAAAGUAAAUACAGAGAUCAUUAUGGAAACAACAAAAGAAUUUUUAUUACCUGUACCAUGGGGACAUAUUGCAGCCAAAGCUUGGGGCAAUCCAACAAAUUUUCCAGUUCUAUGCAUCCAUGGAGUUUUGGAUAAUGCUGGAGCAUUUGAUAGAUUAAUUGCCCAACUGCCUACAAAUUAUUACUAUGUAUCAAUCGACUUACCAGGACAUGGAUUUUCUUCACAUUUUCCUGCUGGAAUACCAUUAGAUUUUUUCAACUACAUUUUGUCAAUAAGAUAUAUAAUUGAGAAGUUGAAAUGGAAAACUUUUAAGUUGAUUGGUCAUAGCAUGGGUGGUCAAUUAGGUACAUUUUACAGUGUACUUUAUCCAAAUCAAAUACAGUCAUUAGUUUUAAUUGAAGGGUUUAUUCCCAAAAUAUUUUAUAAUAAGGAAAUUAUCAGUCGCUUGACAAAAGUAUUGAAUACAACUUUUGAGGCGUAUAAUCAGAUAAGAUAUAAUUUAUAUACUCAUGAUGAUAUUAUGUAUACACUGAAGUAUAAAAGGGCAAAUUGUUUGAAUAAUGAAGCAGCUGAAGCUAUUUUCAAGAGAUCAGUGACUCAAGAAGGAAAAUUAUUUAAAUACAAUCGUGAUAUUCGUUUAAAAGAUUUUGUUGCUCCAAUUUUUAAUAUAAGCCAGUGGAUGAGUAUUCUUAGUAACCUGAAUAUAGAAAUAUUAAUAAUUCUCACCACAAGUAGUUACAGUUUAUUAAUACAAAAUCAAAAUACAGAAAAAAUUGAAGGAUUAAAGAAUUUGAUUGAAAGUUUUGAUAAUUUUAAAUUACUAAUGGUAUGCGGGAAUCAUGAUGUGCACAAUAAUAAUCCUGAAAGAAUAUCACAUGAAAUUUCCAAGUUUUUGGAUAAAAAAUAUAUGAACAGCAAAUUAUAA